UUUUUUUUUUGUCUCUAAACAAGUCAAUAAUAUACUUCAAACAUUUCGAUUAUUUUCAAUCAGGUAAAAAGAAAACCCGUGAAUCAACCGUUACGCUGAAUUGAAGUACAUGAAUGCACAACUGAAACAUGUCAAAGGUUACUGGGAAUUCCCAAUCACUAAAAAUAGUUUGAUAUUGAACUAGAAUUCGUAAACAACUGUAAAUUUGCACACGAUUCACUACGCACCACCAUUAUGAAUUGAUGUAGCCAAAAUAUGUAAUACUGCUGCUAUUAGACCCCGUAUAAUAUUAUUGCUUCGAUCAAACUGAGAAACAUAUCUUUUAAAAUGGACAUAAGCAGUUUGAUUCUUCUAUAAACCCAGCCAUGGCUGAAGCAUUAAAGACUGUCAUCUCCCAGAGUACAGAGUGUCCAGUGUGUCUUUCUACAUUCACCGAUCCCAAGAUCCUGUCUUGUUCUCACACUUUCUGCAAGACUUGCCUGGACAACCUCUUAGAGUGUCACGGUAACUGCCAGAUCCGAUGCCCUGUCUGCAGAGCUGUGACCCAGGUCCCAAACCAAGAUGUCGGCAAACUACAGGUAAAUCUUGCUUUGAAAAGUCUAAUAGAGGAUAUGGAGGGCCAUCCUCAGAUUUGCACAAAUUGUAAAUCAAAUGACAAGUCCCAUGCUGCUGUCUACUGCCAAGACUGUGGCAAGUAUCUCUGCACAUCUUGUCUUAAUACGCACUCUCAAUGGGAAGACUUUAUCGAUCAUGAAGUCAUUGCCAUGAGUGAGAUCUCAUCAGGAAAGGUGUCUGUACGUAGAUACCGGAAAUGCAGGAAACACCCGAAAGAAGACGAGGAUUACUUCUGUUCCACCUGCAGGAGAUUCACAUGCUUCAGAUGCGGUAUGAUGGAACAUAAAGACGUCGAGGGACACCAGGUCGUCGAGGGAGCUGCUUAUGAGGAUAAACACGUGAAGAACAUCGAAGACCUGAAAUCAAAGGUUGACAAGCAACAGUCAUGCUUUCAGAAGUACAUUGAUUUCAUUGAUGAGCAGAGGAAGAGUGUUGACAAUGCUAAGAAACAGUGUACAAGUGACAUCAACAAAGCAUAUGAUGAUGCGGUCCGGCACUUGACAGAGAAGAGAGAAAGCCUGCUAAGAGAAGUCAAGGAAACGACUGAAGGAGUAGAGAAAGAACUGGAAAGCAUGAAGACAACGGCUAAGAAGUACAUCAAUCAGUUGACGACCAUGGCUGAAAUGGUAACUAACAAAAUAAAGAUUCCAUUAGAUAUGGAUACUUUGGCUGCACACGACACUCUGUGUGAAGAGUUACGAGAGGUCUUUGAUCAAAAGGAUCCCGACUACGAGCAGCCGAAGAAAUCGGGCAGAAAGGGGAAAAGUGUCAGGUUCAAGAGAAAUGUUGGAGCGGAUGAGCUAGGCCUUGGAAAGAUUGUUAAUGUAGUUGAAAGAAACGACGCCUUACCCACUAAUAAAACCUUUGAUGAAAAGGACGUUUCUUUGCCUACUUAUAAUAUUGAUAAUGUAAAGAACGUGGCCUUGACAGCUAAGGGUAGCAUUAAUACCAUGGUUGGCACACCAGACGGUAGGAUGGCAGUAGGAUGUAACCCAGGUGGCAUGAAUAUCUUCUCCACUGAUGGUCAGCUUCAGCAGACAGUUCUGAAGAAUGUUAAAAUAUCGGGGGUAGGGUUCCUUUCUGAUGGUCGAUGUGUUGUGAUGGAUACUUCAAACAACAUCACACUGUAUACACCAGAGUACACACAAUUGAAUGUAAUGUUUAAGACUCUAAGUCGAGAUGAAGGUGGGAUUCCUGAUCUCACUGUUGAUGCUGAUGAUCUGAUCUAUGUGAGCUACAGGAAAGCCAAGAAGAUCCAGGUAUUUUCAACAGCAGGUGGGCAAGCAGUCAGGGAGAUACCAUGCAACGGGUAUGUACCAUAUCAAAUCACUAGUUACCAUGGUUCUCUGAUCAUUUCAUCAUGGGAUACUAUCAGAUUGAUAGACAAACAGGGUGCUGUACAACAUGAAUUAAAGAAACCGGGUAGCCGCCUUUACGCUGCUGUAUCUCAAUGGAAUACAAUCCUGAUAGCCAAGGUGAAGCAUUAUGAAGGUUUGGUGAGCAUUGACGAGUAUACAAAUGAACUAAGGCACAUCCGAAACCUUGUUAAUGAUUACAAGAUUGAGAAGUCAGGGAUAUUUUGGCAUGAUUGGUGUUACCUCCAGCAGUACCGAUCAGGAGAGAUCGCUUUCUGCACUCGGGAUAGACUGUAUAUAUUCCGCUGAAAAUAAUUGAUGACAUGAUAUCAUAAUUAUUAUCGCAGAAGAUGGGGGGGGGGGGUGAUACCCACCGAGUUGCCAUUUUAUGCUAAAGUAAGCUGCUAUAAUGUUGAAAUACAUAAAACAAUUGUUGGAUCAUUUCUUUCUCGUUUCUCACCCAUAAAAACAUUUCGCUCCUUACAUCUUUUUUAUUUCCAGCUUUGCAUUUAUCAAGCAUCAUCUUAUUCAUGUUUAUCCUCCGGUGGGGGAAAUUCUAAUACUUGCAUAUCAGACAAAUUGUUAUUAAAUAUUUUAUGACAAAUCAUAUGAUUCUCUAUUCAUAUUCAUGACCGUAUAUAAUAUUUGACUAAUAAUGCCAACAUGGGUGGUGAGAUCUUCAUCAUUGAUAUUAGUCUAUGCGCGUAUACUUGUAUGUUUUCAUAAAUUGAAAGAGGUCUAUGCUGUGAAUCAAGACAUUAUUAUAACGUGUGAAUAUAUAAAUAUUAUCUUCGUGGAGAUGGUCUGAUCAUCUCUCUUUGAUAUUUUUCGGAGUGUUAAAUACUUGAAAAAAAAACUUAUUUCAUUUAUGAAAGUUGCACGAAAAAUGCAUAAAACAGCAUAUUGUCAAUGAAUCUCAAUUUCUAUUUUCAGCUUUCCACUUAAUAUCAAGCAUCAUCUUUAUCAUGUGUAUCCUAUGUGAGAGAAUUUCUCGUGCUUAAAUAUAAGACAUGAUGUUAAAUAUACAUAUUGUAACAGUAUCCUGUUUAUGUGAUUUGUUCAACUUUUGAUAACCUAUAAUAUUUAUUCACUUAGAGGGCGCACUCUUGCUAAGUACUAAAAUACCCCUUUCUACCUGUAAGAAAUCUCUAACUACUCUUUGAUGUUCGAGUUAAGUAAAACCAUUUAACAACCCAACUACAACUUGAAACACAUAUUUUAUGGGAAACCAAAUGUUUCUCUCUUCAUACAUGUCAUGUAUAUAAUAUUUGUCUAGCAAUGACUAUCGUGGCGAUGUGAUAUUUACCAUUGAUAUUAAUGAGUGUAUGCUAUACUGUUUAUGAUUUUAUGCAUAAAUUGUAAUAUGUCGUUAUUCUAUGCUAUUAUUCCAUCUAGACAUGAUUACAGUGUGUAAAUAUAUAAAUAUCUUCAUGUAAUUGGUCUGAUGUACGCUCUUUGAUAUUUUCCGAAGUAUUUCGAUUUCAAAAUGCGAUUGUAUAUGAUUACUUGAAUGUGAACAAAACAAACAAUUGUUGCCGGCAUUUAAGAAAAUAGCACGAAAAUGCAUAAAAAGCAACGUCAAUGGAUUUCAAUUUUCAUUUUGAAGUUUGCUAUCAUCGAGCAUCAUCUUCAUUAUGUUUAUCCUGUGUGGGGAAAUUUUUUAGUUCUUUUUUCUUUAGACUUAAUGUUAUUAGAUAUAUCAUGAGAAAUCAAAUAAUUUUCUAUUCAUAAACAUAUACUUCAUAUUUAACUAGUAAUAACCAUGGUGGAAGUGUAAUAUUUACCAUUCAUUUUAAAGACGGUAUGCUGUACUAUUUACUUGUAAUGCAUAUUUUAUGUAUUGAUCAUGCUGAUAUGAAGCGAAGUCAUGAUCCUUUUGGUAAAAACAACGUUCUCCGUUAUAGAACAUGCUUAUACUGUGUAUUUUUUUAACCUGUAUUUGAUAUAGAACCGAUGUGAAGUACACUACUUCGAUAUAUUCGAAGAAAGUUAACUUGAAAAUGAAAUUAUAUGGAAUAACUCGAACGUGAAAUAGAAUAGCUUUACGGAGAAAAGCUUAUUGUAUGUAUUUCAGGCAAUGGCACGAAAUGUACAGUAAAAGAACAGUUGUAAUGAGUCAAUGGAUGUCGAUAUUUGCUAUCCAUAGAAGUCUGAAGAACUUUUCAUUGGUCCAUCACUAUAUUAAAUCUAUAUUUAUAUAUUGUUUUGCAUAUGUUAUAACUUUGAAAAAAAUAAACGAAAUCAAAUGGAGCGAAAUGAAAAUUUUUGAGGGGGCAAAAUUCCUAAAAUGCCGGGAGUUAGCAAAAUAGUGCAAACAUCUAAUUUUGUGAUAGAUUUCGACAUAAUAUUCAGACAAUGAUAUGUUCAGCAUUUUAGUUUCAUUUACUUUUCUUCUUUUCCCCUUGGUCGUGAAAAUCUUGAAGAAAGAACAAUACGUGUAUAACUCAAUCAAAUUGUUACAUUCUAUCUAAGUUUGGAUAAUUAUUCAAUAAUAUAAUUUGAAAUUUCUGCAUCGGAUUUUGUCUUUUAAAAAGAUUCAAUUCGAUAGAAGAUCACGUCAGAUAUGAUUUGCUAUUACCGUGGGGAAAAAAUGAAACUGUAAUAUCAUAAUUAAUUGUAUUGUCUAUAUACAGUUAUACUUAUUUUAGCAUAAAUUCUCUUUCAUUAAGAAUCAUGCACUAUAUUCAAAAUGAAGAGAAAACGUCAUUAAUUAAUUAUACAAUUGAGAAGGAUAGUAUGAUCACUAUGAAUGCAACUGUUUAUAUUUGCACAAAUAUGAUCGAGAACAAUGAUGUGCAAAUGUAUAAAUAUAAUAACAUGUAUUUAAGAACCAAGUUCACACUAUACAGCUCUACAAUACGAUAUGUCGAGUUUACAAGUAGAAUGAGUUUAUUAAAAGGUAAAAUCAAUUAUGCUCUUCAUUUUCAGGAACGAUAAAAGAUUUGAUCAUCAAUUUGAUCAUAAUAUACAUAAUAACUUUUAUAAAUUUUCUUAAAAUGUACAAAACCAAACAUUAUAAUGUAAACGUUGGAAAGUGAAUAAAGGAAAUGCAAUUUCAAAAUCUGUAAAAGAGUAAUAACAUAAUAAUAACAGAAUAUCAUAAUUCAUAUUUGCUGUAAUUAGGCUGAUAUUAUUACAGUUAUUGUUUUUUUUUCUUUUAGCGAUUUAAUGAAACAAAAUACUUUGAUGACGAGAAGACAAUUUGUUUGUAUAUAGUUGAUUAAUCAAUAAAAGUUGUGAAAAGUA